CAACCAAUGAAAAUGAUGUGUGAAAACACCUUCCUGUUUCGUGGUGUGAAGUUGAAGAGGGCGCCGCAUGAAUUACUGUCACAAAACACUGUCAAGCCAGAGAGAGGACAACUUCUGGAAAUGGCUCCAGAGGACCAGAGUGAGACGUCACAACAAACGGCAGCCAGUGACGAAGACAAGGGGACGGAGAAGCAGCAGGCUUCCCCUUCUGUUAUUGAGAUCCUCUAUGACUCUACGACUGAAUGUGAGGAGGAAACGAGGCCCAAUCUAGUGCAGAUGGAGGAGAAGGCGUUUAUAUCAAGUCUGCAUUCUUUUAUGAAGGACAGAGGAACGCCCAUAGAGAGGAUCCCACAUCUGGGCUUCAAACAGAUUAAUCUUUGGAGGAUCUACAAAGCUGUUGAGAAACUUGGGAGCUAUGAUUCAGUGACCGGACGGCGUCUUUGGAAGAAAGUGUAUGAUGAGCUGGGAGGAAGUCCAGGCAGCACCAGCGCUGCUACUUGCACUCGCAGACACUAUGAGAAGCUGGUGCUGCCCUUUGAAAGGCACAUAAAAGGAGAGGAGGACAGACCUCUGCCUCCGAGCAAACCGCGGAAGCCAUAUAAGAGGAAUUUGGAUGGCAAGGUCGCCAAGGCCGAGAGGAAGAAGAAAAGGACUCAGUCGGAUAGAGAGAUGGAUUCAGAGAUGGAGAUACUCUCCCAGAGAAGUCCAGAGGCUGCCUGCCAGAGUGAAGCGGUAAUGCAUCCUCACCCAGCUCUCUGGGCCGCCACCUCUGACAGACGCCACUCAGACUGCUCUCAGCCAAACAGAGCCACCGCCGCUGGUGGUCUUUGCACUUCUGUCUACGCCCACCUUGUCCAGGUCCCCACACCCACCCCCUGGACCGCUCAUAUCCCAUCAGCUGCCGGAGAGGUCAUCUCCCCUCUGGAGAAAAAGAAGCGAAUGGCUCAGGCGAGCCUUAACAUGCCCCUGAGUCCUCAGAGCGAGGAUAAAGAAAGGCCUUCCGUCAUCCACUGCUCCCAGUCUCCGGCCCGGGCUUCGUCCAAUCGGAACUGCACGUCCUCUGACAGCUCCCCGCUGCCUUUGUCCCCGUCCUCUUCACGCAGCCCUUCACCUUACUCUGUCUCAUCAGAGGACGGUCCAGAAAGGAGUGAAGAUAAACCCGCAUCAGGCUCUGAACUACCCCAAAAGUGUUCCAGCUCUGUGAAAAAUACAUCCGGCUGCAGCGAGGAAAGCAAGUCUCUGAGCUGCAGUCAGACCUCCAAAGACCCUGCAGGACAGAAUAAAGACUCCCAAUCCACAGACUCCAUCAAAAUACAGAUUAAAGACUCUGACUGGAAGCCAAUCCACAAAGAGAGUGGCAAAUAUUCCACCCAUCCUUUCUACCCAUCCCCCUAUUUAACAAUGAGAUCUGAUUGGGCUCCAACAUCUACCUCAAGUUUUACCAAAGUUAUCCCAAAAUCUGUACAGCUGUUGCGGCCCGCUCCCAUUCGGCCAGGUUAUAGUAAUAGUAAAAUCCAGCAGGGCAGAUCGAUGCAGCAGGACUCUGUGACUUGUGCGAAGAAGCUGAACAACACGGCUCCGUGGCUUUAUCAGGCAGAGAAGAGGGAGAAAUCCAGAACAAUGCUGCAAAAAGUUCCCUCCACUCAGCAGAGUCUGGCUCACCAUUCCACCGCCAGCCUGCCGGGGUCGUGCGUCCUGUCGAGCUACGACAAAUCAGGGAGAGACUCUCGGCACCAGCCUCUACUGCACCCUGCUUUUCUCCAACACAGAAUGAGACUACCUCAAUCUCAGCUAAUGUACCGACAUGUCCCGAUGAGUCCAGCUCACCCUGCUCUCAUUGGCUCUGCUGUUUACCCAUAUAGCUACUCCAUUCCUCUGUUACAUCCACACACUGCAUACACCCAUCCUGGCAUGCAUCCCAUUUACCCGCAAAAGCUGUGAUUCUUUUUUAUUUCAACACCAGACAGAAAAUCAUCACAAUUCAUCUUUACAUUGGACAAGGCAGCCAUUGAGCUUGUUUGCCUUCUUUUCUAUCGCUCAGUGUAAUUUUGGUGAAGCCUUACGUUUGUUUUAAACAUGGCUCAAGUAUGCAACACACAGAUAUUUAGGUUCUGUGGCCUCACACGCAGCCGCCCACCUGUGGGAGACUAAUAAUGAACAAUGUGACUGUGUUGACCUGCUGCGGCCAAAAGCAAACUACACUGGAAGGAAAUGAUGUCACAGCAGUGAUGGAUAGAGAUACAGUAUUUAUAGGCUCACUGUGAAACCGGUUCUAUCGCGCAUCAAACAGGUGCAUUAUUAUUGAACUCAAGGCAGAACAAUAAAUGCAAAAUGUACUUAUUAAAUGUAUGUAUUUUCUUAUAGCUGUAGUUUGAUAAAAUACAAAACCAUAAGCCACAGUGCUACAACUUCUUGUAAAUUUCACUCAAUUACAUGUACAGGAAAAAAGUUUUUGUGAUUAUGACAGAUUGUCAAUAGAUUGCUUAAACAUAGCCAGUAAAAUCAAAUUCUGUCUGAACCACAGUUGUUGCACAUUUGUUCUUCACUUGCGCAAUUUCAAUGCUUUGUUUUGAAAGCGAAGAACCUCCUUACUGUACUGUACUGUGAAGUCUGUUGAACAUAAUGAUACCAUAUAAAUACUGCAUGUUCCAUGUAUCAGUGUUAAAUAUUUUUCUAAGAUAUUAUAAGCAGAUCUCAUUAUCAUUCAAAUGUAUUUAAACAGAAAAUAAGCAAGAAAUCAUAAAUAAAUGGCACAAAAACAACAUAAAAACUGUGAAAAACCUUUGA